AUGCCCCCGCCAGCGCUUCCCAAGGACAACUACGCUCAUCAAGUUGACAUAGGCGGACGAGAACCCAGACAGGAUCCUGCGAAGCAAAAGGCGCCUAGCUCUCCCCCUUUACCCAGGCAGAAUACGAAAACCACACCCCCGUCGCCGCCGAAGGUCAUUAGGGACCUCGAUAGAGGUAUUGACUACGUCCGAGUGGGUCUUCUGGGCGAGGGGGGGUUUGCCCGGGUAUAUGAAGUGAAGGAUGCCCGCGGUCAACGUUCAGCAUGUAAAGUUGUAACGAACAGUUCUCUCAAAACCAAGAAAGCUAAAACCAAGCUCUACGCAGAAAUCAAAAUCCACCGUUCAUUGAAUCACCCGAAUAUCGUCGCUUUCCAUGACUGUUUCGAAGACCAGUCCAACGUUUACCUGAAUCUCGAACUCUGCCCCAACGGCUCGCUUAUGGACCUUCUUCGCCGGCGGAGAAGAAUGACCGAACCUGAAUCUCGCGUAUUUAUGGUCCAGCUUCUCGGCGCAUGCCGGUAUAUGCACGAUGCCCAGGUCAUCCACCGCGACUUGAAAUUAGGAAACCUCUUCCUCGACGCAAAGAUGAACGUCAAAGUGGGCGACUUCGGCUUGGCGGCGCUCAUCGAGAGCCCCGGGGAGAGGAAGAAGACCAUAUGCGGGACACCGAACUAUAUCGCGCCUGAGGUCUUGUUUGAUACCGCGAACGGUCACAGCUUCGAGGUCGAUACAUGGAGUAUCGGUGUUAUACUGUACACUCUCGUGAUCGGCCGCCCACCAUUUCAAACUAAGGAAGUCAAGCUUAUUUACAAGCGUAUUCGCGACAACGAGUACGACUUCCCGCCGGAACGGCCUGUCUCGUACGAAGUGCAAGCGCUCGUUAAGGACAUCCUGACCCCGAACCCUGCCGAGCGACCCUCGUUGGUAGAUGUCCUCGCUCACGAAUGGUUCGUCUCAGGUUGCGUACCCCCUCGCGUGCCUGUCACUGCGCACGAUUCGGUUCCGGACUUCAGCACGAUCACUCGCUCGCAGUCUGCCGCCAAUUUGGCGAUGCUUCGCAGGAACGCAUUGCUCGACGACGACCAGGCAGCGCCUAUAGCCACUCCGGAGCCUGUCAUGGCGUCUGGACGUUCAGGCAGGAACAACGUCACCUCGAGUCUCGCACAGCAAGAGAAGGAGUUCCAGCACGCCGUGCAACCUGGCAGCCCAAUUUCCGCGCUGCUGCGUUCGGCGAAGCAGCCGCUCGUCGUCGCGCCUGGUACGGGUAACAAGCCGCGCGAGUCACCUUUGUUUCGCAAGCUGCAGGCGGCAGCCAAGGAUAAUCACCGUGGCAGUCCGCUGAAGAUGGAGCUCGGCAAGGAGCCGUUGGGUGGCAUCGGAGAGGAAGAUGAGGAUCCUCGAGAUGCGGGUGAGAGGGGAAAGGGUCGCAGGGAGAAGGAUCACGAAGAGCUGAGGCGGAAAGAACUCGAGAGCCAGAAGGCACGCAUUGUUGCCCAGAUGGCACCGGCCCGUGCGGACUCGCCGGAGUACAGGCAAGAGCCCGAGAAUGUGCCACCUGUCGGUAUUCUUCGGAAGGACAAGGGCAAGGAGAAGGUCAGGGAAGCUGAGGAACGCGUUGAAGUACCCGCGCCUGCGCCUUUACCAACUGCGAAGCCCAACGGCUUCGACGCCGCCGCUGCCACCCUGACUGCCGCGUUCGAGGCGCGAGCAUUAGGUCGUGUUUUCCGUGAUCCUCGGGUAGAUGCGGCAUUACCCCACGAGCGGGUGUUCAUCGUAUCAUGGGUGGACUACUGCAACAAAUACGGCAUGGGCUACGCGUUGACGGAUGGUUCGGUUGGCGUGCACUUUAAUGACAGCACGACCAUCGUGUUGAGCGCCGAUAAAGUGCACUUGGACUAUAUUUCGUCGCGCCGGCAGGGCACUGUUUACGUUCGAAAGAACUACACCGUUUCCGUUUACCCUGAAGAACUGAAGAGCAAGGUCUACCUCCUCAAGCACUUUGAACGAUACAUUAUGGACCGCCUCUAUGGCGACUAUGACUACACGUUCGAGGACGUCGAGCGCACCAAAGGAAUGGACUUUGUGCAGAAAUACCUAAGGAUGAAACACGUUAUUGUCUUUAAGAUGAGCCACGACAGUCUUCAGUUCAACUUCUAUGAUCAUUCGAAGAUCAUACUUUCGUCCCAAGGCUUGCUCGUCACCCACAUCGACAAGAACUACAACUUGACCCGUCAAUCGCUUGCCGAGAUCAUGGCGGGAUCUCUCCAACCUUCUUCGAACCCCGACAAGGCGAAGUUCAACCAGCGCUUGGUGGACAAGCUCAAGUAUUGCAAGGAGGUUCUGCUCAGCAUACGGCAAGCGAGCUCGGGAUUGACCGUGGGCGGCGAGGGCAACGCCGAAGGCUUAGGCCCUCACGAUGGCAUGCCCACGGUGAGCGCGAGGACGUCCAAGGCCUCGCUGCGGUAAGUUUGGAGUGGUCGCGGACGGCGUCAGGCCGGCCGAAGCCGCCAUACCCUUGACAACAUUUUCUAUCUCUGCACAAACUUUGGCCUAUGAACAAUGCAAUGAACUCCAUCUCUCGGUCUUCUGUAUCUAUCACAUCUCUUUUGGCAUCGUAACUCACGAUCGGU